AUUGGUUGGUUUUGCAGAUGCAAAUCUCACACCCCUGCAUGUGGUGAGGUUUUAUUAAAAUCAUGGCAAACAACGCUUAUUGAUCCUUCUCAUUGAUCCAAAUUAGCAGGCAAUCAUUUUCUUGGUCAAGGUUUUAGAUGACACUGACAGAAAAGUAACACGCUCUGAGGGACUGGUCUGAUCUAAACAUGGAUGACAGCUGUUGCUGGGAGAGCUCAGAUUAUGAAAUCUUGGCAGAAAUCGGCCAGGGCGCCUACGGGAGGGUGUACAAAGCGCGAGAGAGGCGCGGGCAGCAGCGCUUCAUAGCGGUGAAGAGACUCAACAUCCCCGAGGAGCCGGAGUCUGGCAUCCCUCAGUUCGUGAUACGAGAAGUGGCUCUUCUGCGAAAAAUAGAGCACUUCAACCACCCCAACAUAGUCAGGUUGCUGAAUGUAUCAGCUGGAUGGCAGAAUGAGAAGUUUGACCUGACACUGGUGUUUGAGUAUAUCGAUCAGGAUCUGACCACAUUUCUCAGCAAAGCAUCAGAAAAAGGCCUGGCCCGGGACAAAAUCAAGGAUGUGAUGCGUCAGCUGCUCAGCGGACUUGACUUCCUCCACACUAACACCGUCAUUCAUCGGGACCUGAAGCCAGACAAUGUGCUUGUGAGCAGUCGAGGGGAGGUCAAGAUUGCAGACUUCGGUUUAGCCCGGAUAUAUACUUACCAUAUCGCCCUCACCCCAUGUGUUGUGACUCUGUGGUACAGGGCUCCAGAGGUCCUGCUGCAGUCCAGUUACAUGUCUUCAGUGGAUCUGUGGAGUGCUGGGUGCAUCUUUGCAGAGCUCUUUCUCUUAAGGCCUUUGUUUCGUGGGUUCACGGAGAUCCAGCAGCUGCAGAAGAUCUUUGAGGUCAUUGGAUUGCCGGUUGAGGAGGACUGGCCCAUAGAAAGCCCUGUCUGCUACAGCCUUACAUGGGCUGAGAAAAAGCCUACAAAACAACUACUGCCCAGUCUCGCCCAUGAGGAGAAUGACCUGCUGUCUCAAUUUUUGACUUUCAAUCCAGCUCAUCGUAUCUCUGCCUGCAGAGCUUUGGCCCAUCCUUUCCUGGCAGACUGCAGCCGUGAAGAUGAAUGACAGAUGAGUGAAGAGGGUGGAGUCAAAUGAUUAGACAGGCUCCUCCAACCCAAUCAGGGGUGCACCAAGAAUUAUUCUGUUAAAUUUAGUUUUUUUUA